AUGGCAAAGAAUGUAGGGAUUCUCGCCAUUGACAUCUACUUCCCUCCAGCAUGCGUUCAGCAGGAAGCAUUGGAGACUCAUGAUGGUGCCAGCAAAGGGAAGUACACCAUUGGGCUUGGGCAAGAUUGCAUGUCAUUCUGUACCGAAGUAGAAGAUGUCAUCUCAAUGAGUUUGACAGUGGUUACUUCUCUUCUUGAGAAGUAUGGGAUUGAUCCUAAACAAAUUGGUCGCCUGGAAGUUGGAAGUGAGACUGUGAUAGACAAAAGCAAAUCCAUCAAGACAUUCCUUAUGCAGAUCUUUGAGAAAUGCGGAAAUACUGACAUUGAGGGUGUUGAUUCAAGUAAUGCAUGCUAUGGAGGAACUGCUGCUCUGUUUAACUGUGUCAAUUGGGUUGAGAGCAAUUCAUGGGAUGGACGCUAUGGACUUGUUGUCUGCACUGACAGUGCUGUCUACGCUGAAGGACCUGCUCGACCUACUGGAGGAGCUGCUGCUAUUGCAAUGCUAAUUGGUCCUGAUGCUCCCAUUGCUUUUGAAAGCAAAUAUAGAGGAAGUCACAUGUCUCAUGUUUAUGAUUUUUACAAGCCUAAUCUUGCCAGUGAAUAUCCAGUUGUUGAUGGAAAGCUUUCACAAACUUGUUACCUCAUGGCUCUUGAUUCUUGCUAUAAGAGUUUCUGUCACAAGUACGAGAAAUUCGAGGGAAAACAGUUUUCUCUUUCUGAUGCUGCAUACCUAGUAUUUCACUCUCCUUAUAACAAGCUUGUACAGAAGAGUUUUGCUCGGUUGUAUUUCAAUGACUUCUUGAGGAAUGCCAGCUCCGUGGAUGAGAUUGCCAAAGAAAAGCUGGGACCUUUUGCAACUUUAUCCGGUGAUGAGAGCUACCAAAGUCGGGAUCUUGAAAAGGCAUCCCAGCAAGUUGCGAAGCCUCUAUACGAUGAGAAGGUGCAACCAACAACUUUGAUUCCAAAGCAAGUCGGCAACAUGUACACUGCAUCUCUCUAUGCAGCAUUUGCAUCCCUUAUUCAUAACAAACAUAGCACGUUGGCAGGUAAGAGGGUGAUAUUGUUCUCAUAUGGAAGUGGCUUAACUGCCACAUUGUUUUCAUUGCAAUUGCGGGACAUUCAACAUCCGUUUAGCUUGUCAAACAUCGCUAGAGUGAUGGAUGUCGAUGGAAAAUUGAAGUCAAGACAGGAGUUUCCACCGGAGAAGUUUGUUGAAACGCUGAAGCUAAUGGAGCAUAGGUAUGGUGCGAAGGAAUUUGUGACAAGCAAGGACGAUAGCCUUUUAUCUCCAGGCACAUUCUAUCUCACUGAAGUUGACUCCAUGUAUCGGAGGUUCUAUUCAGAGAAAACUAAAGAAAGCAGUUCGACUCCCGCAGUGAACGGUGUGAUUGCUAAUGGCCACUGA